AUGAACGGAUACACACAUGGCGACACCGAUCCCUCCGAAAAGGACAGACCUACCCCCUUCCCCAAAAUCGAGGACGAAGUCAAUCACAGCGGACAAGAGCGAGACUUUCGAGAGACCAACAAGCUGAAGAAGCGCAAUGAUGGGGCGCCUGGUCACAAGAGAUCCGUCUCCGGAAACCUGCUCUCACGUCUGAGCUUCCUCCGUACAAACAGCGACCAGGACAAGACGGAUGGUGGUGAUCGAGAUGGACCGGAUCUUCCCCUUCGGGGGCGAGGUGUCAUGGCGGAAGCACAAGCCCAGAGCAAAAGGAAGAGAAAGGGAUCACUAAGAAAAACCGUGUUGGGAAAAGGGAGGGACAGAAAGACCUCCGAUGUCAAAAAGUCACCUCUCUCUGGUGCAAACUCCCCUUUGGUGCAGCCCGCAGACGAAGAGCUAGACGCGCCGCCCACCCCUCGUGCCAGACAGGAGCAAUCAAAGUCAAGCCCGGUGUCGCCAGAGUCUCCCCCAUCAUGGCCAUUUCGCACAUUAUCUCGGGUCUCGAUACCCUCAAUCCGCAGCAGUAUCGCUUCUGUCGACCCGGCCUCUUCUGCCGCCUCAAUUAUCAGUCCCAACUUGGCUACUACUGAUGCCUCAACAGACGACGAAGACCUCGUAUUGCCAAGUAUUCCUGCUCUGCGCAAGCCCUCAUCGACGUCCUCGUUUGGGACCGACUCUUAUUUCCCCAUUCAAGAUCCUAUGCGUCGGAUGUUUGGCUCACGCACUCGCUCGCCGCUUGCCACACAACCGCAGUCUAUCGCUGGGACGCCCCCCGAUGAAGAUUUCUGGGACUACUCGGAGACGGCAUUUUGGGGUUACGUGAUCUUGUUCGUGACGUGGAUUGUAUUCGUCGUGGGUAUGGGGUCGUGCUUCGGGGUGUGGUCUUGGGCCUGGGAUGUGGGAGAAACACCAUACGCGCCGCCGGAGUUGGAAGAUGACCCUACUCUACCUAUCGUUGGGUACUACCCUGCACUGAUGGUCUUGACGUGUAUCAUGGCUUGGGUCUGGGUGGUAGUAGCUUGGGUCGGCAUGAAAUAUUUCAGACAUGCCGACUUCAGAGGGGACGACGGAUAA